ACAUGUGGUAGUCCCUGAGGAGUAAAUUAUUUCUCAUAACAUAGUCACAAUUCUACCAGUAUGAGAAACCAAAAAUAUACUCAUUGAUCGAUGGCAGCUCAUGACCAAUUAUUUCCGUCACGUCCCUGUGAUAUUCUUCGAACUUGUGAACCCUUGACUCACUCUGAAAUCUACCAUCAGGCCCCGUGGUUUAUUUCUAUUUUUGUGCAAGGAAGAGAAAUUAUAGCCCAAUACUCACCGCGACAUACUAGCAAUAACGCUCUUGUGGAUGUAGCGGUCCAUCAUCAUGGCGACAUGAUAUAAAAAGGUUCUAGCUGCAGAGUUGCAAAUACUUGUAAUUCUUC